UCGUCAUCCUCUAACAGAUGGCGAUGGUCCGAGACGGGAGCCUCAGCGCUGAUCUCUGAAAUCAUUCCUCUGCCUUAAUUUAGAUUAAGAAGAGCUAAUGAACAUAAACAGAAAUGUGUAAAAUCCUAGAAAAUAUUGUAGUCCCUGUAUAGUGUAGAGGAUCUGUGAUCAAGUGCUUUGUACAAGAUAAAAAUGAAUUACACAUGGAAAAGAGGUCAAUGUGCAUUUUGAGGAGGGGGAUGCUUUCUGACCAAUUCAAUGUAAGAGUGUUCGUAGUUUUGUUACAAAAUAGGAAUUACAAUUUUACACAUUGGUUGUUUGGCUCGCCCACAAAGCAUUGGGACAGAAUUGUAAUCAUUAUGCCAUAAACAUAUUCAGGAAAUCUGCAUAUCACUGACCUCAGUGUACAAGUAAAUACGAUCAAGGUUACAGUAAUAUAACACAACAGGAAUCUAUAACAUACUAACAGGGUUUUUUCCUUGACCAGGAAUCGAACCCAGGCCGCGGUGGUGAAAACGCUGAAUCCUGACCACUAGACCACCAGGGAUGAACCUUUUGACAAUUCCACAUGCUUACAGUCUGACAGGACCGAAGCAGAUCCACACAGUACCUCGGCAUGGAGCUGUCUCCCCCUCCAUCAGAGCUAGAAGCUGAGUAUGCAACGCUUUUUACCACUGGCUCCCUUCACUUCCUGCAUGAACUGAUCUCCACAUUUGAUAAGGAGGUGGAGCAGAUCAUCCAACUGAGAGUGUCCAGAAAGGCUCACUUGGAUAUUUCAGGUGACCUUCCAAAUUUCUUGGAAAGUACUGCACACAUAAGGGCAGACCCAGACUGGAGGGUUCUACCUGUCCCCCUGAGGCUCCAAAAAAGGCAUGUGGAUAUUGGAGAUAUGGCCCCCUGCGAUACCCAGUGCUUCAUUAGAGCUCUGCAGUCUCCAGCACAAGGCAUACAGGUUGACUUUGAUGACGGGAACUGCCCAACUUUCCACAACCAGAUCAAAGGUAUCCACAAUGUCAUUCUGGCAGUGAAUAACCAGCUCCCUGGUGUCCCACACAUAUCCCAGGCUCCAGUGCUGAUGCUGCGUCCCCGUGCCUGGAACAUGGUGGAGCACAACAUGAUGGUGGAGGGAAAGGAGGCUCCUGGUCCUCUGUUUGACUUUGGACUCCUGAUGUAUCACUGUGGAAGGACACUGCUUAAACACCAAAGUGGACCAUUUCUCUACCUGUCAAAGGUGGAGAGCUUGAUGGAGGCCAGGCUGUGGAACAACAUAUUUGUGUGGACACAACAAAAGCUUGGCCUUCCACUGGGCUGUAUCAAGGCCACGGUGCUGAUAGAAAACGUGUUGGCAACAUUUGAAAUGGAGGAGAUUCUCUAUGAGCUGCGGGAACACUCCGCAGGGCUCAACUGUGGCAUCUGGGAUUACUCAGCUUCCUUUGUCAACAAGUUUGGUCACCGUCAGGAUUUCCUGCUGCCAGACCGCAGCAAAUACGUCAACAUGGAGAAGCGUUUUCUGCGCAGCUACAUGGACCUGCUGGUUCAGACAUGUCAUCGACGUGGAGCGCUGGCCACAGGAGGCAUGGCUGCUCCGCUGCUGCCUCAGAGUCAGCAAACUGACUCCUACAGCAGAGUGCUGGCUUCGGUGGAAAGACUGAAGUUGUUGGAAAUCAACGCAGGUGUUGACGGUUUCAUGGUGUAUGACAUGAAUUUGAUCAAGCCCAUGCAGGAACUCUUUGAGCUUCACACUGAGGGUGACAACCAGCUUCACCAGGUCCGAGAUGAUGUCAGUGUGACUCCUCAGGAUCUGCUCUCCAUGCCGUCUGGAGGAGUCACCCUUUAUGGGCUGAAGUAUAACAUUGCAGUGGGUGUCCUAUUUAUUAAUGCAUGGCUGUCAGGUAAAGGCCAUUUUUUCUACAGAGGCCAGGUGGAAGAUUCAGCCACUGCAGAGAUUUCUAGAUCCCAGGUGUGGCAGUGGAUCCGUCACCAGGCUCGGCUGGAGGAUGACGGCAGGGUGGUGAGCAGGCAGCUGGUCACUGAGCUCACCAAGGAGCUCCGAACUGAUCUCAGUCCUCUGUGUCACUCUGAAAGGACCAAACAGAAGUUGCACACAGCGGCAGACAUGUUCCUAGAGGUGGUUCUGAAGAGACACUUCCCAGAGUUCAUCACCUCUUACUUGAACAUGGACCACACUUUUCUCAGCUCCCAGAGCAUGAGAGAGGAGGAGACUGUGGAAGCAGGCAGACAGCGAGCCAAGCUGUGAGGGGCAACCAGGAGGACAGCUUCUCCUUGAACCAAUCCUUCUUGCACAUGAGGGAAUAAAUCCACAGUGAUGGAAGUUCUAAGCAGUUCCUGCAUUCCUAUACCUGAUCAGCUAGAGUUCCAGCCCAGCUCAGGUAGCAAAAAGAAGAGACAUUUCACCUUUCAGGAUUGAAUGUAUAAUGAUCAAACUACAAAAUGGACAUUACAGUAUCAGUCUGUGCAAUAACAGUCACAAAGGACUGCUUGGAUGCAUUGUUUAGUUGGCCGGAAUAAUUCGGGGAUAAUGUAUUCAAACUUUGUUGAAAAUAUCUUUGACUACUUGGAGCAACUUUUACCUGAUAUACAGAUGUGUUCAAAAUAUACAUCACUAACCAGAUCAGUCACUGGUUCUGCUAAAAGUUAGAUUUCUACGUAGCUAAUAAUUAACUAGUAGGUGUAGCAGAGUAAUGGAACCAACCGACCCAACAAACAUAACGUGUAUGCUGCUAAUUCUUUGUAAGUGAAUCAUUCCUAGAAAGAAAUAAAGAAUCAGAAUCAG